GCUGGGGAUGGGAUGGCAUAAGGGGCUCCUUUCUGCUGGAGGCUGUCCAGGGGGGCUGGAGAGAUGCUGGGGCCUGUCUCUUCUCAGGGAGGCCCUGGGGCAGAGUGAGAUGCAGUGGCAGAGGAUGCAUCAAGGGAAAUUCCAAUUAAAUAGUGGGGAAAAUGUUUUCAACAUGAGAACAUUUUAAGCACCGAAACAGGUUGCCCAAAGCAGUUGUGAAACCUUCAUCCUAGGUCUCUUCCAGAGCAUGCCCUGGUGAUCACAUGAAAAUGUGGAGGUCUUUGACCAUCCCCUCCUCAGAGCAGGACCAGUGUUACACUGGGUUUCUUAGGGUUUCUUGUUUGGCCACGUGGCCAUCUCUUUGGGUGGCCUUUGUCACCACAGGGGUACCCUACAGGCUCCUGUUCAACUUCCACAGGUUCACUUUUCCAUAGCCCCCAUCUUGCCAGGCAUGUCCAACCCAUCCAGCUGCACAGGGUCAUGCCAUCCUGCCUGUGGCACUUUGCAUCUUGUCUGCAUUAAACCUCAGGAGGUUCCUGUCAGUCCUUUCCUCCAGCUGGUCAAGGUGCUUGCUCAUCCUCAGCUCCCCGCAGUUUGGUAUCAGCACCAACGUAUGGUGGGCUGUGUUAUCUCCCUCAGUCCCAUUUGCAGUCUGGCCCUUGCACACCCCAGCCCUACAGAUGUGUUCAGCUGUCUGGGGAGGUCUCUGAGGCAGCCUGAGAGGGAUGGGGGCUCAAGGGGCUGGGAUGUUGGGUCACCCUGAGCCUCUUCUCACAGGUCCACAGCUGGGUGGCUUGGCUUGGGAGCAAAGCAUAAGGUGGGGGAGCAAAACAGAUUGACUCCUUGGUUUCCCUAAUGGCUUGGCCACCUGCCAGGGUCCCUGCCUGGGGAGCAAACAGUCAAGCAGCAACACCCGACCCUCCAAGAACAGGUAGUGGCAGGUUGCAAGACAUGGUAGGAAACUGGAGCUCACAAACUCAUCUAGCCGUGAUGGGGGCUGUGUCUCCGGUGUGCCCCCUGCCUGGCACCCCAUGCUGUGAUGAGCAGCUGGGAACAAGACAGGACGCAUCUGUAAAGGGGGGCUCACAGCUUACAGGAAUCCCCCACCCUCCCGCUUGUCCAUCACCCAGCCCUUGGCUGGCUGGUGGGCUGCCUGCCAGGCUGACUGAAAAUGAAAGCAAAGAGUGCAGAGAUAAAUAGGAGCAGCCUCGGCACAAGGCAGCAGUGUGCGUCCUGCUCCCCCGCCUUGCCCAGCUCAGCACCCGCAGCACCCACCAUGGCUCUGCGCCUCCUCCUGCCACUGCUCCUGAUAGCUGCCACCUUCCUCAUCGCCCAGGUUCAAGGCAUUGGCAGCUCAGCCACAGACUGCUGCCUGAAGCACAGCCGAAAAACCAUUCACAGUGGCUGGGUGAAGUCCUACAGGCUCCAGGGACCCGAGUCAGGAUGUGUGCUGCGUGCUGUCGUGUUAACCACCAAGAAGAACAAGAAAAUCUGCGCCUCACCCGCUGACCCUGCCAUCCAGAAGCUGAUGCAGAACCUGGACAAGGUCAAGAAUGACAGGAAGGACAAGAAGAAGGGACAGUCCCCACGUGCCAGAGGCGUACCCAAGCGGCUGAAGCGGCAGAGGGUCUAAGUCAGGCCUGAAGAGGACGGAUGCUUUCCCCACCAAUGACUGACCCACCGCCUGGCAAUGGAUAUCCACAGACAACUCACCUGCCUGCCAGCCCCAAGGCAAGGACGGGGCUGGCUGAGGGGGCUGCCCUCUGCUCCGCAGCCCACUUGGGGUUGCUGUGCCUGCUGCAGAGAUGCCCCAGCCAGGACCACCUGCACUGGUUGGGUCAUCUCAGUGGUGGGGGGCACCCAGGUCCUCACUCGCCUGAUGGCCACACUGGGGGACCUGGACCUGCAUGGGAGCUGAGCCAUGGCCCCAGGGGGGGAGUGGGCAGCCUUCCCACCAGAGGGGAUUUCUGUAGCCUGGCAGGAUGGCAGCUUUUCCUAUGACUUUUUUUGGGGAGUUUUAUACAUUUGUAUUUAUAUUUAAAGACUGUGCUUUCAUUCAGUCUUCCUGGAAGGCUUUACUUCUGGCUCCUUGUGCUUCACAGAGUACCCUUUAUGCUGCAAGCUGGCUUUUCUGGAAGAUUGCUCUUAUUUUUCUACCAAAUAAAUGAUGGCUGGGUUUCAUUUCCCUCUCACCCGUUUGCUCCUUUUUGGCUUGCAAGGGCCAUGGGGUGCCAGACAGGUCCCAUGUCCCCGUGGUCCUGCCUGGGAUGCUUGCUGGGUGCUUUCUUGCAGGGCAAUUAAUAGUGGCUAAGAUGGAGAUUUUGAGGAAAGUGGGGGUGGCAGUGUGGCUAUAUGUCUGGGCUGUUCUAGGCUUUCUUUUCAUUUUUUAUAGUGUGCUGUUGCAGUGUAGUUUGCAAGAAGUUUGUCCCUGUGAUUUUUUAAUUUUUUUUUUUUUUUUUUGGUACAAAAGUGCAAUGAAAUCAGAACAAAUUUUUCAUUCUAUUGGAAUUUUACCCUUUUAUCUCCCUUGAUUUUGCUGUUAUCAGAGAUUCAGACAUUAUUAAACCAAAUGCCUAGUUUUCUGAAA